CGGCCCCGCCCCUUUGGAACGUCUGGACACUUUCGGAGCUGGGCUGCGUCGGGGACGCCCGCGAGCGCCGUCGGUUGGCUCCUCGGUGACGUUUGGGGCAGGCUGAAGCCGGCAGGGCAUGGAGAAGACGCGGCGGACUUGAAGGGGUUGAUGUGACGUCUGCCUGGGCAAUCAGCUCGCCUGCUUUUGGAGAACCAAGCCGGAGGGUCUGCAAGCUGGAGAUGGCUGGGGGGAUGGCUGAACCGUGGGACCCUGAUGCCAAGCUGGAACAUCUGGUGUGGAACCCGUAUGGGACUCCCCUCCGCUCUGCCAAGGGCCUGGAGUUGAAACUUGGUUCCUUGGUGCUUCUCCUGUUGGUGACUCUGCUGUGCGCAUUUGUCCCCCUGUGGCUCUUCCGGAGGCCAGGAUCUGCCCCUGCCAGUGCAAAUUUUGGUCCUCAAAGAAAAACUCUAAGUCUGGUGAGCUGUUUUGCUGGUGGCAUCUUCCUGGGGACGUGUCUCCUCGAUUUGGUUCCCAAUUAUCUCGCCAGCAUUAACGAGGCCCUCAAUGACUUGCGAAUCACGCUCCAUUUCCCUUUGCAGGAAUUUAUUCUGGCAAUGGGCUUCUUUCUGGUCCUGGUGCUAGAGCAGAUUGUGCUGGCUUACAAGGACCCUUCAGGAUCCCUGGAGGAGACCGAAGCACUCCUAGGCUCUGCGUCCCAUCGUCCCGCCUCCCCACAGGACCAGAGUUGGGAAUCCUUGCGGCCCCAGCCCCUCGCUCGGGACCGCCUGGCUAGCGAGCGCGCCCACGUCCACGUGGACUUCAACGCCCACUCGGCCGUCCGCUCCGUGGUGCUUCUCCUGGCCCUCUCGCUGCACUCCGUCUUCGAGGGGCUGGCCGUGGGGCUGCAGGAGGACGGCACCCAAGCCUUGGAGAUCUGCCUGGCCCUCCUCAUUCACAAGGGGGCCAUCGCCUUCAGCCUGAGCCUCAAGCUGCUGCAAGGGAAGCUGCGUGCCCGGGUUGUGGCCGUUUGCCUGGUCCUCUUCUCGACCAUGUCCCCACUCGGCAUCGGGCUGGGGGUGGCUCUGACCGAGGUCCCCAUGGCUGCCUUGUCCCGUCUCUCCCGCAGCGUCCUGGAAGGGUUGGCCACGGGAACUUUCAUCUACAUCACCUUUUUGGAGAUUCUGCCACACGAACUCGGGUCCUCCGAGCAGCGCAUCCUCAAGGUCAUCAUCCUCCUGGCUGGGUUCGCCCUCGUCACCAGCAUUUUGUUCGUGAAGAUCUGAGCAGGGGGUGGGCGUGGGGCAGGGGAGGGGGUGAAAACCAGCCCCUCCCAAAGGCAGCUGUCGGGGAGACGUCGCCCUCCACGCCACUGAUUUCUCCCUGCGGAGUUUGCCAGACCUUUGCUCGAGAGCAAGCUGGGGCACCCACUUUCCAUUGCCAAAAGCGACUCCGUCGUUCUUGCCGCCCCCCUCCGACGGGGCUGCCGAACUGCAGCUCAAAAGGCUGGGCUGGGCUCCUGCAAUUUCAAGGCCAUCCGAACCUGCAAAUCCAGCCCGGGGCCCAGAGCGAGGAUUCGCGCAGGGUGGACGCACGCUACGCUCCCUGGAGGCUCAAAUAUUUUCCGCCGAAUAAUUUGAGAGCGCCGUGCUGGGGUUACGACUAAUGCUGGGUUCAGUUAGUUGAGGAUGGGAGUGUUUGGGUUUGUUAAUAAAUUGUGCUGGGGCGGGGGGGGGGGAUUUUAGGUGCCAAACCGUCUCCGUUCAGCUGGGGAGGGAGAACUGCCUUGCCUUAACUUUUCCAGGGCCUUAAAUGUUUUUAAAGGGUUUGAGCCACACGAGGAAGAUGUAGGUUAACAGAUGCGUCAUCUGCCGUCAAGAUCGUCCUGCGUUUAGGACUCUUUCCGUGUCUUUGAAAUGGCAAACCAGCCACGCUGACAAGGGUUAGUAUCUUUCAUUUCCGAACAAAGUUGGCUAAGUUUAUCGGGCGAACGCAGCAGCUCGGCGUGCCGCGCGCAGGCCAAGGACCUGGUUACGCAAAGCUGUGGUGUGACCGCCGGUUGCUGAAUAAAUCACGCGGGGUGGCCAGAACGAAGCUGAGGGCGCUGUGUCGAUGUGAUUUAUGGAUGCGAGAAGGAGGAAACUAACCAGGUUGUUAGGAAAGCCUCUUGAACUGAGUCAGUGUUACGCUGACUGGUUGCACAACUUACUGAGGUUUUAACAGGGUGGUUAGGAGUUUGGGAGUCUCUGUUAGCCAAACAUAUCCCUCCGCUAAAUUCAGGGCUUGCAUUAAACAACAGCCCGGGUUUUCUGCCCCGGGUCAGGUCCAAAACUGCAGAACGCAAAGAAAGAGGUUUGCGGAAGGACAGGGAUUUGGGCCAGGGGGAGCGUGGCGGAAGCCUUUCCGCUGUAAAGAAGACCCCAAGCGGAGCCUGGCCCGUUUCUCGUGCAAAGCCUGUUCAUUCAGCUUCAAGAAAGCCGCCUUUGUUCUUUAUUUCCUGUCUCUCGAAUGGGAGGGCAAGGGGCCAAGCCUCCAUGGUGCAAUAAUUUUUGUGCCUUUUACGGGGUGGGAAACGCUCCCUGUUUUUGCACAUUUCGCUGUUUUUAGAGUUCCUCUACCUGGGUGUGCUGUUAGCACGGCCUUCUUAAUUUGGGUGCCUUCUGGGUGUUUGUGGACAACAACUUCCAUUGUCCCCAGCCAGCAGGGGAAGAUGGGAGAUAGAGUCCGACACACCUGUGGAGGUGUUUUUUUUUUUUUCUUGCACUUCUGCGGCAUCCCAGUUUGCAGCGGGUAGAACAGCUGCAUGCGCAGAUCAACGUGUCUGGGCUGGGGUGGGGGCAUGCAAGAAAAAAAGCUGUUUUUGCAGAGGGAGUUGUGGAAUAUAUGCGUCUGUGUGU